UCACCAAAACAAGAACUUGGAGUGUUUUUGUCAAAAAAAAAAAAAAAGGAACUUGGAGUGUUGCACUGAACCCGCUUUGCCGGAAACCGAAAACCUCGCCAGAAAACGCCGUCGGAGUUCGUCGCCGCUGCAAAGAAUCCUCCCUAAACCGUGAGAAACGCCAGGGUUCUCCAGAACGGGAAAGAAAAGAACAACCAUAAUUUCUCUUCCCCUUCACCCACAGGCAAUCCCACGACAUCAGUCACCACCCUCUCCCACGGGCAAUCCCGCGACCGGAGAACUCUCUGCAUCAGUUUCUGACUCUGAUUUUUCAUUGGUCUCAAUCUCUCUACAAACCCUAAAAUAAAAUUGCGCAUGUGUGUUUGAAUAGGAUGCAUAGCUGUUCACUUAAUUGACAGUAGCAUUUCAAGCUGAUUUUCAUAUUAAAUGUUAAGGAUUCAGUUAUUGCAAGCUUGGCAAGUACUAUAAAGUGAAAAUGGCGAGCGAUGACGAUCUAAAGACAUGGGUUUCAGAUAAGUUGAUGUCACUACUUGGAUAUUCUCAGCGCACAGUUGUACAGUACAUGAUUGGAAUAUCUAAGCAAGCUGCUUCACCAGCUGAUUUAGUGGGAAAGCUAGUGGAUUGUGGGAUUUCAACAACAGACUCCCGUGCGUUUGCGGAAGAAAUUUUCUCAAGAGUUCCUCGUAGAUCAUCCGGCUUAAAUCAAUAUCAAAAACAAGAGAGAGAAGCUGCAAUGUUGGCAAGGAAGCAGGCGACUUACACAAUUUUGAAGGAUGAUGACGAUAUUGACGAUGACCAUACUGUUGGUGGUGACGAUAAAUCGUCGAUAACUACUGCUUCUACAUCUAGAAAGCCAGACAAUCAUAAAAAACGUUUCAGGAAGAAAACUGAAGUUCAAGAUGAUCAAGAAGAUGAGGUAAUUUCAAGGAAAGAAAGGGAAAGGCAGGUUAAGAGAAGAACUUCCCCUGAUGAAGAGAGUGGUUCAGAGUCAGAAGAAGAAAGACUGAAAGAUCAAAGAGAAAAGGAUGAAUUAGUGCAGCAUAUGAGAGAAAGAGAUGCUGCAGCAACACGGAAGUUGACUGAACAAAAAUUAACACGAAAGGAGGAAGAAGAAGCAAUUCGAAGAUCUAAUGCUGCAGAGCAGGAUGAUCUGCGUUCUUUGAGAAAGUAUUCACGGCAAGAAUACUUGAAGAAAAGGGAGGAAAAGAAAUUAGAAGAACUGAGAGAUGAUAUUGAAGAUGAACAAUAUCUAUUUGAUGGUGUGAAGCUUUCAGAAGUGGAACAGCGUGAGUUAAGGCACAAGAAAGAACUAUAUGAACUUAUAAAAAAGCGGUCAGAGGAGGCAGACAAUGUGAAUGAGUAUAGAAUGCCAGACGCUUAUGAUCAAGAAGGCGGCGUUAAUCAAGAAAAGAGAUUUUCUGUGGCUAUGCAGCGUUACAGGGAUACAAAUGCUGAGGAAAAGAUGAAUCCAUUUGCUGAACAAGAGGCAUGGGAGGAACAUCAAAUCGGAAAGGCAACACUGAAGUAUGGCUCCAAAAAUAAAAAACUAGCCUCUGAUGAUUACCAGUUUGUGUUCGAGGACCAAAUUGAUUUUAUCAAGGCAUCUGUGAUGGAUGGAGAUAAGUUUGACAAUGACGAGAUGGCAGAUUCAAUUGAAAAGUCCAAAGCAAAGUCUGCAGCAGAGGCACUUCAGGAGGAGAGGAAAAAGUUACCCAUUUAUACUUAUCGGGAUGAAUUGCUCCAAGCUGUUCAUGACCACCAGGUACUUGUAAUUGUUGGUGAAACCGGUUCUGGAAAGACUACACAAAUUCCUCAAUAUCUUCAUGAAGCUGGCUACACAAAACAUGGAAUGAUUGCAUGUACUCAGCCACGUCGUGUUGCUGCUAUGAGUGUGGCUGCUCGAGUUGCUCACGAAUUAGGUGUUAAACUAGGACACGAGGUUGGGUACUCCAUCCGUUUUGAGGAUUGCACAUCAGACAAGACUAUUCUGAAAUAUAUGACAGAUGGAAUGUUACUGAGGGAAUUUCUUGGUGAGCCUGAUCUGGCAAGUUAUAGUGUUGUGAUGGUGGAUGAGGCUCAUGAAAGGACACUCUCAACUGAUAUCUUGUUUGCAUUAGUGAAGGAUAUUUCUCGCUUCCGACCUGAUCUUAAGUUGCUGAUAUCAAGUGCUACACUUGAUGCAGAAAAGUUCAGUGAUUACUUCGAUUCUGCUCCGAUAUUCAAAAUUCCAGGGAGAAGGUAUCCAGUUGAAAUACACUUUACCAAAGCACCAGAAGCUGACUACUUAGAUGCAGCUAUUGUAACAGCACUUCAAAUCCAUGUUACUCAACCUCCUGGAGAUAUAUUAAUAUUCCUUACUGGUCAAGAAGAAAUCGAAACGGCUGAAGAAAUCUUGAAGCAUCGAACUAGAGGCUUAGGGACUAAAAUUGCUGAAUUAAUUAUAUGUCCUAUAUAUGCCAACCUACCAACUGAACUACAGGCUAAAAUAUUUGAACCAACUCCUGAAGGGGCACGAAAGGUUGUUCUUGCUACCAAUAUCGCAGAAACAUCAUUGACAAUUGAUGGAAUAAAGUAUGUCAUUGAUCCAGGAUUUGUUAAGAUGAAGAGUUAUAAUCCAAAGACAGGAAUGGAGUCUUUACUAGUGUCUCCCAUCUCAAAAGCCUCAGCUAUGCAACGAGCUGGUAGAUCUGGAAGAACAGGUCCUGGAAAGUGCUUCCGGUUGUAUACUGCAUACAAUUUUCAAAAUGAUUUGGAUGAUAACACAGUACCCGAAAUACAGAGGACUAACCUCACAAAUGUAGUUUUGACUUUAAAAAGUCUUGGUAUUCAUGACUUGUUGCACUUUGAAUUUAUGGAUCCUCCACCUGCUGAGGCCUUAUUGAAAGCCCUGGAGCUUCUAUUUGCUUUAAGUGCUUUAAAUAAGCUUGGUGAGUUAACUAAGGUAGGUAGACGGAUGGCAGAGUUCCCACUUGAUCCUAUGUUGUCAAAAAUGAUAGUGGUUUCAGAAAAAUACAAGUGUUCAGAAGACAUCAUUUCCAUUGCUGCUAUGCUUUCUAUUGGAAACUCAAUAUUUUACCGUCCAAAGGAUAAACAAGUGCAUGCAGACAAUGCAAGGCUGAAUUUUCACACUGGAAAUGUUGGAGACCAUAUGGCGUUGCUCAAGGUCUACAAUUCUUGGAAGGAGACCAAUUAUUCAACACAAUGGUGUUAUGAAAAUUAUAUACAGGUAAGGAGCAUGAAACGGGCGAGGGAUAUCCGUGAUCAACUUGCAGGUCUAUUAGAGAGGGUUGAGAUUGAGCUUACUACAAAUCCUAAUGAUUUAGAUGCCAUCAAGAAAUCUAUAACAUCUGGAUUUUUCCCACACUCAUCAAAAUUGCAAAAAAAUGGAUCGUAUCGGACACUUAAACAUGGGCAGACUGUUCACAUACAUCCUAGUUCGGGGCUGGCACAGGUUCUCCCAAAAUGGGUUGUGUACCAUGAACUAGUACUCACAACCAAGGAGUAUAUGAGACAGAUCACAGAGUUAAAGGCAGAGUGGUUGUUGGAGAUAGCCCCUCACUAUUACCAGCUCAAGGAUGUUGAAGACACUGGUUCCAAGAAAAUGCCCCGUGGAGAAGGACGCGCAAGAAUCACAGACAACUAGCACAUCUCCAAAGAUGCUUUGGUACCGAGAAGAAUGAAGUAGAUUUGUUAGUAGGCGGUUUUGCUGGAUGUGGAAAAAUGUUGCUCUUAAAGUUGGAAGAAGAUGCACUGUAAAUACAUUUCUUCUGUGAGCUGUGCUAUUCAUUACGAAGAGAAUACAAAAAGAAAAACGAAACGCAAGAAUGCUUAUAUGUAUUUUUUUUAAUGGAUGGAAAAUUGAUUUUUCCUCAUUUGGCGGAAUACAUACGAGCAGUGGUGAAGUCACGCCGCCUUUGUAUUUUUCUUGUAGACACUUGGUCUUGAUUUUAGUAAUCAUUGCAUGUUGAACUUGCACCCCUUCAGCUUGGUGUAUGUGGUGGGUAAAUAAUUUAGGGGAAAUGAUUCAUGGAUCAUUUACCGACAAUUUUUGUCUUGUGCUCGAGAUGGAUUUUCUGUUUUGAAGUUUCCACUUCUGUUAUAUUUGUGUCUAGUGAUCUCCGAUUCAAUUCAUAUUAUUGUUGGGUUGGUACUGAGUAAACUACUUUUAAUGCUUGAUUUGCCAAAUGCCUUUGAA